CCCCAUGCUGCCCGCUACCUUGUCUACUCUGCGGUUCACAAUCCUCUAAUCCUAAUUAUUCUUUUUUCCUUUUGAAGGGAUUCCUAAUCUCAUCUUUUCUUUCCAUUUUAUCACUCUUAAUUAUUUCUGUAUAAUUGGAAGAUGAAGUCUCUCCUUUUUCCUUUGCUGAUUCAUGGUAGCAGCAGCUUGACGAUCUGUUGAUCUGACCUUUUAGGAUUCCUUUUGACAUCUUCUCUUGUUGUUUGGCAGCUUGCUGCUUUGACUCACUGACAAAAUUCUUUUUCUUUCUUCUCAUCUUUAUUUUUUUUCUCCCCUUUUCUCACAUAGUACAGUUGGUACUCCUCUCCAAAAAAAAAAAAUCUGCCCCCCUUUUUUAUUUACUUAAAUUUUGGGUCUUGUACUGUACUUGGGACCAAAAUCCCUCGAGAACUGAAGUGAAGAAAACAAAGCAUCAUGGUUCAAAGCUUGAUUAGUACACUCAAACCCACACAAAAGAAGAGAGAGAGAGAGAGAGAGUGAAGACAGAAUAGAAACUGCCCUCUUCAAGAAGCCCACCACUACCUGCUGCUGGCUUGGCUGGCCUCCUCUCAUCUCCUACUCCUACUGCUCCCACCGUGUCAGUGUGAUCCCCCCACCACCAUUAAACCGCCUGCAUUUGCGGUUUCUUGAUUCCCCCCAUUGGAGUGGUUCUUCGUUUGUUUGGAGGAGUGGUUGGAUUAGUUGGUGGCCGGCCGAAAGGAGAGGGCCGUGAAUUGGUGAGCCUGCUUCUUCUCUGCUCUGUGGUUCUUGGAAGAGGCAGAGAGAGAGAGAGAGAGAGCUCUUUUCGAUGGCGUCCAUGGUUUGAGCUUCUGGAGCGGUGGUUGGGGGCUUGCGCGGUUGCGGUUGGGGUGUUCUUGCGUGCCAUCUCCUACUUAGGCGGCGGCGGCGGAAUCGUUUGAGGUUCAGAGAGAUUUCUGCCCGGGAUGGCGUCGUCGGUGAAGCUGGGAUCAAAGCCUGAUGCUUUCAGAAGGCAAGGGCAGGCAUGGUUCUGUACAACUGGACUUCCCAGCGAUGUUACUGUUGAGGUUGGAGACAUGUCUUUCCACCUUCAUAAGUUCCCUUUACUUUCAAAAAGUGCCUUUCUUGAGCGGUUGAUAGAGGAGACUUCAGACCAAGACGAAUGUGUGAUCAUACUAAAUGAUAUACCUGGGGGUGCAAAGUCAUUUGAGCUAGUAGCAAGGUUUUGCUAUGGAGUGAAAAUAGAACUUUCAUCUGAAAAUGUUGUUUACCUGCGCUGUGCCUCUGAGCAUCUCCAGAUGACUGAAGAAAUAGCUGAGGACAACUUGAUUUCACAGUCAGAGAUUUUCCUUAACCAAGUUAUCAUUCGUAACUGGAAAGAUUCUCUGAAAGCACUGGAAACAUGUGAAGAUCUCCUCCCUCAUGCUGAAAACCUUCAAAUUGUGAAGAGAUGCAUUGAGUCAUUAGCAUCGAAGGCUACUACCGAUCCAAACCUCUUUGGUUGGCCAAUAAGGGAACAUGGCAUUAUGCAAAGCCCCGGUGGCAGUGUACUGUGGAACGGGAUCAGCACAGGUGCCAGGCCCAGAAACUUCAGUUCAAACUGGUGGUAUGAGGAUGCUUCAGCAUUGAGUUUCCACAUGUACAAGAGGUUAAUUUCUACCAUGGAGUCUCGUGGGAUCCGACCUGAGAUCAUUGCUGGAUCCUUGACAUACUAUGCUAAAAAGUAUCUCCCGGGACUAAAUAGGCGUCAUAGCAUGGGAGCAGUGCCUCUGACUGCUACUCUGUCUGAGGUGGAACAGAAGAACUUACUUGAGGAGAUUGAUAGACUAUUGCCUGUUCAGAAGGGUUUAGCAUCUACAAGAGUUUUGCUUGGGCUCCUUCGCACAGCCAUGAUUCUAAAAGCCAGCCCCACUUGCAUUUCCAACUUAGAGAAGCGAAUUGGCAUGCAACUGGACCAUGCCACUCUGGAGGAUCUACUGCUGCCAAAUUUCUCAUACACAAUGGAAACUCUGUAUAACGUCGAGUGUGUGCAGAGGAUUCUUGAUCAUUUCUUGGCAAUGGACCAGGCUAAUGGUGCCGCCUCCCCAUGUUUGGAUGACGUCAUGGCAUCCCCUUCUUUGGCACCAAUCACUACUGUAGCCAAGUUAAUUGAUGGCUAUCUUGCAGAGAUCGCACCAGAUAUCAAUUUGAAACUUCCAAAAUUCCAAGCUCUGGCAUCUGCUGUGCCUGAGUAUGCCCGCCCGUUGGAUGAUGGGCUCUAUCGUGCCAUUGAUAUAUAUUUGAAGGCACAUUCCUGGCUAUCAGAAGCUGAACGGGAGCAGCUCUGCCGGCUAAUGGACUGCCAGAAGCUCUCCCUGGAAGCAUGCACCCAUGCUGCACAGAACGAGAGGCUGCCACUGCGCGUUGUUGUACAAGUCCUCUUCUUUGAGCAACUCCAGCUAAGAACCUCAAUUGCCGGGUGCCUGCUCGUCUCCGACAACCUCGAGGGAUCUAGGCCGCUGCGAAGCAGCAUCACAACAUCAGGCGAGGCCGGGGGAUGGGCUACGGCUGUAAGGGAGAACCAGGUCCUCAAGGUUGGCAUGGACAACAUGAGGAUGCGCUUGUCUGAGCUCGAGAAGGAGUGCUCAACCAUGAGGCAGGAGAUCCAAAAGCUGGGGCGUGGCAAGAGCGGUGGGUGGGCUUCCCGCGUCCCCAAGAAGUUCAACCUGAAGCUGAAAUCGCAGAUGUGCAGUGCCCAGGAGGGAUCAGUCAGCGAGCAGCACAAGAGCAUGAGCGCGAAGCUCGACAAGCUGCAAGCCAAGGUAUCAAGGCAAAAGAAGCAGCUUGCAGGAGAUGCCUGAAUCCUCUGAACCUCGGUUCGCUUGUAAUUUUAGCCCGGUGUUAAAUUGCUUUUUAACUUCUUCCAUGUUCCUACUAGCUCUUUUAGGUUAAAAUGCGUGGAGUGUAGUGGUCUCUGAAUCCCUUAAGGUUGAACAUUUGCGAUGCUUUGAGUGCUAGUGAGAGUGAAAAUGUGUAGGUAAGAAAUGAGGAUCUGAUGUUCUCUUUUGACUGGUGUUUAGUGCAACUGUACAAGUGAUGAUCAGUUCAUAGCUGUAAGAGACUUCAUCUGUAACUUAUGAUGUUUCCCUGUACCAAUGGUUUGAUUGUUCGGCACAAACGGUUCAGUAUCAA